AUGAGCUCAGGUACCGGUACAUGGCUGAAAGCCUCUGGAUCGCGUGGGAUCAGAAAGCACCAGGGAGCACUCAAUGUGGCAAAACGCCGACUAUCUACAAGAAACAGAUCUAAAGUGGAGAGACUUAGAGAGUACCUAAACGAUCUUCAUCUAGAAGAGAUAGAAACUGCAGCCACAGGUCGUAAAGCCUGUGGAAAGGUUCCAAGAUUGCAAGUCGAGUUGCGCGAUAUUCAAGUCCAAGAAGGAAGUAGCAGUGCUGGGAUCUUAGUUCGAAAUGAUGAUGAUCCGAUUGUAGGAGCUAAUCCGAUUAUUAAGAGAAAAGCUGGUGGAAAGCACAGGAAAAUUAGAUCAGCGAUAAAGACAGUGAACUUUGAUAGUUCUGUUCCAAGUGAAGAUAAAAAAUCACCAACAUCAGGGAUUUGUUUCCAAACCAGCAAACAUACACAGAUUUCUAAGGGCUCGCUUGACGAAGUAUACCCUUCAGACAUUUCACAGUCUUCUAGCUGUACAGGAAAAGCAGACGAGUUUUUCUCAUCUUUAUCAUCGGGGCAUAUGCGCAGGCCAAAACGAAAAUCUGACAGAACAAUUAUAAAGCAUGCGUUUGUUCCUUUAAAAGAUUUCAAUGGAACAAGAGAUCAGAACGUGUGUGAUGACAGUAACAGAACUCUUGAUAUUAAUGACAAUGAUAAUGUUGAUUCAGAUAUUUCUUGUGAUAAUGAUGAUGACAAUUUGAUGGACAGAGAUGAAUUUUCACUCUCCCCACCCAACAGUCCACUGUAUGACAUGCCCCCACCCUCUACCCCUGCUCAGAAAAAGGCAAGAAGAGAAAAGCGGAGCAUCCAGUUAGAAAGAUGGCGAAAAUAUGAGGCAUCAAAGUCUCGACAAGAAAGAUACCAGAGACGCAUGCAGGAAUCAGCCAAAACAGUUCAUCAAAAUGACUUAGCACAAGACUCAAAGCGGGUAAAGUGGAGUGUUAAUUUGGUGCAGACAGUCUACAUUGAUGACAAAAAACAAUAAUACAAAAUAUCAGAAUUACCAGUAUUGCAUAUUCUGUUCAAGGUGCCAGGUAGAAUACCUCCUAGGUGAUGGUCAAUAGUGAGGCCCCAGCUGUUAGGGUAAAAUUCAGACAAGUGACAUGGACUUGAGAAACAGGGACAUAAGACUAGAUGAAAAGUCGACAAAUGACAUAAAGAUGAGUUUAAUACAGACGGGGACAUGGCCUACUCCACAAAAUGUGGAACAGCCAUAUUUGAAAUUCAGACCUAGGGGUAUAUGUAUUCCCCCCACAAAAAGGGCCUCAAUACUGUGCCACUCACUUUGGAGAGAGAGGACUGUAACUUAAUGUUAACCUUGUUGCUAAGAAACACACUAGGCUAUAAAGAAUUCUGGAAGCAGCGGUCCCCAGGGCUGUCACUAGUAAUUCAAGUGUGUAGAUAAAAAUAAUAAAAAAUAGCCAGGGAUCACAUGUUCCUCAACAUUCCUCCUAGCCGGGAAAAAACCCCUGGAUCCCGGCCCUUAAUGAUAGCCUUGUUAAUGUUUGGAGCUGGGUAUCUCCUAACCACUUUGUAGUCAAGAAAUAUCAUCACCCCUUGUCACUUCACACAGGUUAUGAUCACCAGUCGUAAUAAAUUUACUGACAGUCCUGGGGGUCCUGGUACUUUGAGAAAUUUCAAUUCUGCUAUCCAUUAACUGUAUAUAACCAUAUAAUACAUUGUGAUAUGAGAGGGAAGUGUUUUAUACUAUAACUGUGUGGGAUAUAAACCUAGUUGAAGUUAAACAUAAAGUAAUCAGGGGAAACAACCUUUCCACACUGGCAGAACUUACAGAACUGUGGAGAAAUUAAAACAACCCAUAACUUUGGUUGUUUUUAACUUUAAGCACAAUGGUUCCAACAUGAACAGUGAAUAUUAUGUUGGGUGUGAACCUCUUUAGCGAGGUUAUUAUGUUUAGAUUUCUGCUGUUAUAAUUACUCAUCUGGCCAUUGCUUGAUGGUUUAUUGUUCAAAAUUUUGCUAGUUUUUCAUACCGGAUGUACUAGAGUGUUGGACGCUCGACCCUCAAGUUCAUGAAUCAAAUGUUGUUUUGACAGUACUAAAGAUGUAA